AUGACAGACCCCGCUACCUCCUUCACGCUAUCAUUCGUCGGCGACGUAAUGCUCGGCCGUCUAAUCGACCAAUUCUUCCCCGAGCACGUCCACGACGACAACGACCGCCACAGCGCCGACCACUUCAUUGAAAAACACCCAUCCAUCCUUGCCCACGGCAACUACACCCCCUCCUCACCAUGGGGAACAACCCUCCCCUUCCUCCGCGCCUCAGACCUCUUCCUCAUCAAUCUCGAAACAUCCGCAACAACCACGUCCGAGCUCUGGCCCGAUAAAGUAUUCAAUUACCGCAUGCACCCAUCUAAUCUUGCCCCGAUCUUGCAUGCAGCGCACGUAGACUAUGCUAGUCUUGCGAAUAAUCAUACCCUCGAUUUUGGGAAUGAGGGGCUUAUUGAGACCGCUUGGACGCUUCGUAAUGCUGGUGUUGCGUUCGCGGGUGCUGGAGAGUCUCCUGAUCAAGCUUUCAAACCGGCUGUGUUAUAUCUACCCCGAGCGGUUCAGGAGAUGCAUGCAAGACGUGUGGAUGGUCAAAAGAACACACCCACGCCAUCCAAAGAACAAACCACCGCCGCGGAAAAGCAGGGCUAUCUAGUCCAUGUAUAUUCCGCAGCAGACCACCCACGAGACUGGGCCUCCAUCCCGGCAUUCCAUCUAAUAGACUACUCCCCGGCAACAAGAACUCGCCUCCGAACCCUGCUUCUAUCAAACGGCUCAAGAACCCGUCAUCCACCCUCCCAAGAAUCUCAAUCUCAACACACCUUCGAAAACAAACCCGAAUCAGAUACGUACCACCACCGCGCCCACCACCACCACAACACGCCUCCAGACCCCCCUGAACGACCGGCACUAAAGAUCUUCUCCGUCCACUGGGGCCCGAAUUACCGCUGGCAUCCCGGGGAUCGAAUCCAGUCGUUAGCGCAUUUCCUGAUCGACGAGUGCGAAGUCGAUAUCGUGCAUGGCCAUUCGUCGCAUCAUGUACAGGGGGUGGAAGUAUACAAGGGUGGUGUCAUCAUUUACGGGUGUGGGGAUUUUGUGGAUGAUUAUGCUUUGAAUAGGGAGUUUAGGAAUGAUUUAGGUGCUGUUUGGAGGGUUGUUGUUAAGGAGGAGGACAAGGCAGAGAAAAACGAUGGGAAAGGGAAAGGGAAAGGGAAAGAAAAGGAUGUGAAGGGAAGACUUGUGCUUGAUCGAUUGGAGAUUUUUCCGACGGGGGUGGACAAGUUUAGGGCUAUGUUGCUUGAUCGAGGUGCUAAGGAUCAUAGGUGGGUUCGGAAGAAGGUUGAGGAGCUUAGUUUGGAGUUGGGGACGAAGGUGAGGAAGGAGGCUGGGGAUCAGGGGCAGAUUAUUGUUGAUAUCCAUGGGUAG